AUGGACUUGGGCGCCUUUUUGGCCGACGAGUCCUACGGUUCCUGGGCCGACGAGGAGGUCGACAUGUCGUCGAUCGGCGUGCCCACUUCCUCGACCGCGGCGCCAGUUGGCAACUACCGCCCAGACUUCGGUGCCCAGGACAGUGCCAGAGCCGACAGAAUCGAGUACCCCGUGCCGGACGCUCCUCCAUACAAGGCCCGUGUGGCCAACUUGCCCUACGACGCCGAGGAGGGUGCGUUGGCGCGCUUCUUCGAGGACAGAUUGCAGGCGCAAAACGUGGUGGAGGACGUCAAGUUGCCCAUGGACGAGAUGGGCGGCCGGCCCAAGGGCUUUGCCUUCGUCACGUUCACCGAGAGAGCCGUGUUGGAGGAGGCGUUGAACUUGACAAUGUCCGAGUUCAACGGCAGAAAAAUCUUCGUCAACGUGGCGGCGCCCCAGAAGGCCGACGUGUUCGACAUGGACUGGAGAUCGUCCAGGACCGGGCCCAUGGGCCGCGACACGCGUGAAAGAAGUGAGGAGGUCGACUUGGACUGGAGCUCGGCCAGAAGCUCGUCCGGCCCCAUGCCUCCUCGAGGUGACAGGAGGGGCGACCGGGAGUUUGGCGAGAGAAGACCCAGAAGAGACGAGCCCGACUUGGACUGGGGCGCUGCCAGAACCACCGCUUCUGCAUUGCCUCCCAGAGAGAGAAGCGACAGAAGGGGCGACAGAGACUUUGGCGACAGAGACUUCGCCGACAGAAGGCCCAGAAGGGACGAGCCGGAGUUGGACUGGGGCUCGGCCAGGUCCGCGGCGCCCUUGCCCCAAAGAGAGAGGGACAGCUUCCGCAGAGAGGGGGCGCCCAGAAAAGAACAACUGGAGAUGGACUGGUCCAGCGCCCGCGGCUCCGGCUUGGGCCCUGCCCCCGGUGCCGGCGCCAGCUUCAGAAAGAAGGAGGAGAAGGAGUUUGAUUGGAAGAGAGGCCAGGCCUUGCCUCCCAAGGCCGCGGCCAGCAGCACCAAGGCCAAGCAGGACGACAAGGAAAAGGACCAGCCCAAGCCCCAGAAGUCGAUCUAUGACGUUUUGUCCGUUGAGGGCGAGUCUGGCGACGAG